AUGUCAUUGUCAUUUUUAUUUUGUCCCCUCCCGAGCUGAGAGUUCUAUUUUUAAAUAAUUUUCUUUUUCGGGAUAGUUUUAUGUAGAAUGAUUUUCUAAAUAACAAUAUCGUGUGUGCCUAUGAUAGUUCCUUUGUUUCUAUUAAUUAGUCAAAUAACUAUACUGAAAGAAACAAAUAUACGUACUUAAAAAAUGGUUAAUUCGAGUUUAGCAUAUGAAAUUCUGCUAUACAUAAAUUCAUUUUAUUUCGGUCUAUUUGCGACAUGUGAACUGGGUACUCUUAUUCUGAAGUCGGUAUUAAUUAUUGAGAAAUAUGAAGUAGACAAAGAUCCAACGAAAAUAGGUCGAGAUUAUGGAGUACUUGUUGGCUUAUUCAUUAUUGAAGCGGCCCGCCUUAUACUGGGGCGUAAAGGAAGUCUUAGUGAGAAAGAUCUACCAGUAAUAUUCUCAGUGCUACUGACAGUGCCAUCUAUAAUGGGUGUAAUGUACCUCCUCAUCUUCCAAGUUGUGGUCCUGAGAAUAGAGUACAUCUGGUGUACUCUAAUGCUUUGCAUUCAGAUGCUAGAGUUUGUGUUUGCAUCUAUGUUUAUAGUCUCCCUUUGUCGAGGACCCUCAUAUGAUUAAAAAGUACAAUAUUGUAACAAUUUGUACCUUCCACAAGGGACACAGUGCCUUUAGCACUAUUUUUAGGCCAGUAUUGUUCAAAAAAUUUUAUACAAUGAGUAUUUUAAGAAAUAAUCCCUAUUUACCAACUGUUAUCCUAAUUAUACUGCCUUCAGUGACAAAUAAUAAUUAAGUGAUAAAGCCAGAGAUUCAUCUUACAUGAUAAGAUUAAAAUAAGACCAAAGAUAUGACUCUAUUAGCAUAAUAUUAAUGUUAUGACAUCAUUCUGUUUGAAUUUCAUAUCCGUUCAAAUUCAUGACUCAUAAAUUGUUUAUGGAAUUUGCAGGCAUUUGCGUUUUCUAAGAUGUAAUGCCAAAUUGAAAAACAUACACAUUUUUUUUUAAAUAUGAAUGAAAAGCAAGGAGUAUAGUAAUAAGUAUUUUGUGCUAUUGCAGGCCAUUAUUUAAAGGCAAUUCUAGACAAAGCCUUGCAAUAUAGUUUUAUAAUAUUGAGUGUAAGCCUAAAUAUGGUAACUGGCUAAUUUUUUAAAUAUUUUUAAUAUACUUAUAAAGCUUUUGUGUUGUGCUUUAGCCAGUAUAUUGCUUCAGUCCCGUUAUUUCACUAGUUUGAAAAUUAAUUUUAAAUUUAGACAUGAAUUGAGAAAAAAUGCAAAUUUUACGGUUUCAAACUUUUAAUGUUUAUUAAUUAUUGAAAUAUACUGUUAUUACAAUUUUAUCUACAGGAUAUAUUCUUGUUAAGGAUUUUUAUGAAGUUAUUCUGAUUGAAAAUACGUAUUUUAGAUGUGGCACAAGAUUUGGAAAUACAGUGUGAGGCACAAACACAUUUAACUCUCAUUUUGAAUGUGUUCUAUUCUUGAAGAGAUUUUGUGACCUUAUAAAUCUACAAUUUUGUUACUUAUAUUACAAGACUGUGAACACAAACAUUUAUACCUGAUCACUAUUUAAUUGUAAUCAAAAAAUAUUUUUUUAAUAAUAAGUAUUUUAAGGUUUUAAAUUCUAGUCAAUAUUAACAUACUCUUGCCAAAUCAGUUUUACAUACAAAAAUCAUAGAAUACUACAGUUCUUUUAUAUUUUUAAGAAGCAGGUAAUCUGUUUCUACUAUAGUUAUUCUACUGGUGUAUUGUUACACAUCUAUUUAACUGUAUUCAUAAUGACACCUCUGACAAAUAAGACGUAACAGCUCUUACAAUAUUUCUUAAAAUAAUUAAUCUUUACAUGUACUUUUAAACAGCUACAUAAUGUAAAACUACUACAAUGAACUUGUUCUUAAACUGUCAAACACCAAGCGGUCACCGGUGACCGCAACCUAUUGUUCUAUAAUUGUGUCUACAAAACCGGUACUCGACGAGUUAAUUUAAAAGUCAGUUUUGUAAAAUAAGAAACAUUGUAAUUUAAGAAUGCCAUAAAAGCCUUGCCCAUUAUUUGUGUCCAUCCGAUAAAUGUAACAUAAGUGAUAAAGUGGCCUUUAUUUAGAUAUUUAUACUAAAAUAGUUACUAUGAAAUCUUCCAUUGUUCAGUAGUUACACCAAAGAGUUAUAUAAUAUUUAAUGUGUGUGAUUUUAUUUACCAAUGUAUUAAGUGUUGUCUAUGUAAACUCUAGGUUUAAAGACAAAUAUUUAUAACCAAUGAUCUAUAAACUAUUCUAGUCCAAUCAGGUUUAAUAUUUGAUUUGAAUAUUUAUUGAAAGUAUGAAAAAACUUACAGAUAUUACUUACACUUCUUAUUGAAAUAAAUAUUUAAAUAUUGAUGCAAUACUUCAUGGUUUCAUUUUACUUAAAUACUUUUUAUUUUAUCCCGUUGAUAUCCAUCCCC